AUGGAUACUUUUCCAAGUUUUGAUUGGCUUGAGGGGGUACUGCAGGCCAGGCCAGGUGUUGCAAGGGUCCUGCAGGCCAAGCCAGGUGUUCCAAGGGUCCUGCAGGCCAAGCCAGGUGUUCCAAGGGUACUGCAGGCCAAGCCAGGUGUUCCAAGGGUCCUGCAGGCCAAGCCAGGUGUUCCAAGGGUACUGCAGGCCAAACCAGGUGUUCCAAGGGUCCUGCAGGCCAAGCCAGGUGUUCCAAGGGUACUGCAGGCCAAACCAGGUGUUCCAAGGGUCCUGCAGGCCAAGCCAGCAGGCCAAGCCCAGGGUGUUCCAAGGGUCCUGCAGGCCAAGCCAGGUGUUCCAAGGGUCCUGCAGGCCAAGCCAGGUGUUCCAAGGGUCCUGCAGGCCAAGCCAGGUGUUCCAAGGGUACUGCAGGCCAAGCCAGGUGUUCCAAGGGUCCUGCAGGCCAAGCCAGGUGUUCCAAGGGUCCUGCAGGCCAAGCCAGGUGUUCCAAGGGUCCUGCAGGCCAAGUCAGGUGUUCCAAGGGUCCUGCAGGCCAAGCCAGGUGUCCUGCAGGCCAAGCCAGGUGUUGCCUGCAGGCCAAGGGUGUUCCCUGCAGGCCAAGCCAGGUGUUGCAAGGGUACUGCAGGCCAAGCCAGGUGUUCCAAGGGUCCUGCAGGCCAAGCCAGGUGUUUCCAAGGGCAGGCCAAACCAGGUGUUCCAAGGGUCCUGCAGGCCAAGCCAGGUGUUGGGUCCAAGCCAGGUGUUGCAAGGGUCCUGCAGGCCAAGCCAGGUGUUGCAAGGGUCCUGCAGGCCAAGCCAGGUGUUGCAAGGGUCCUGCAGGCCAAGCCAGGUGUUGCAAGGGUACUGCAGGCCAAGCCAGGUGUUUCAGGAUCCUUCAGGGCCAAGCUAGGAAGGUGUAUCAGGAGUCCCGCAGGCCGGGACAAUAGCCGUAAACAAGUUAGGGAAGUGUAA